GGCGGGCGCCUCCGCGCGGUUGGCGCGAAAGUCGGUUCGCGGCCUCAGCAAUUUCCGGGUUUUACGUUUGCUUCGGGUCGGGGGCGCCGCCGGCUGCGGCGGGUGUGCGCCGGGGUGGCGCCCGACCCCAGCCAUCGUCCUGCGGGCCACGCGCGCCCUAACUCGCCGCCCGAAGACCCCCAGGCUCCACCGAGUUCAAAAAUGUCCAGAAAUGACAAAGAACCGUUUCUUGUGAAGUUUUUAAAGUCUUCAGACAAUACCGAAUGUUUUUUUAAAGCUCUUGAGUCAAUAAAAGAGUUCCAAUCAGAAGAAUAUCUUCAGAUUAUUACAGAAGAAGAGGCAUUAAACAUGAAGGAGAAUGAUAAGUCACUUUAUAUCUGUGACCCAUUUAGUGGCAAUGUCUUUGAUCACCUCAAAAAGCUUGGCUGCAGAAUUGUUGGCCCUCAAGUAGUCAUAUUUUGUAUGCACCACCAGCAAUGUGUCCCAAGAGCCGAACAUCCAGUUUUUAAUAUGGUUAUGUCUGAUGUAACUGUAUCUUGUACAAGCCUGGAAAAAGACAAAAGGGAAGAAGUUCAUAAAUAUGUACAAAUGAUGGGUGGACGCGUAUACAGAGAUCUUAAUAUAUCAGUAACUCACCUUAUUGCAGGAGAAGUUGGCAGCAAAAAAUAUUUAGUUGCUGCAAACCUAAAGAAACCUAUUUUGCUUCCUUCUUGGAUUGAAACACUUUGGGAGAAGUCACAAGAGAAAAAAAUAGCCAGAUAUACUGAUAUAAACAUGGAAGACUUCAAGUGUCCUAUUUUUCUUGGUUGCACAAUCUGUGUGACUGGCUUGUGUGGCUCAGAAAGAAAGGCAAUUCAGCGACUCACAGUUAAGCAUGGAGGUCAAUACAUGGGACAACUGAAAAUGAAUGAAUGUACACACCUCAUUGUGCAAGAACCGAAAGGUCAAAAAUAUGAAUGUGCCAAGAAAUGGAAUGUACACUGUGUGACCACACAGUGGUUUUUUGACAGUGUUGACAAAGGUUUUUGUCAGGAUGAAUCCAUAUACAAGACAGAGCCUCGACCGGAAACAAAGACUGUACCUGAUACUUCAACUCCUACUGGCCAGAUCAACACAGUUGAUAGUCGUACUCUUUCGGAUGUCAGCCAUAUUUCCAACAUCAAUGCAAGUUGCAUAAAUGAAUCGAUAUGUAAUUCAGUUCUUAACAGCAAAGUGGAGCCUACACUUGAAAAUCUAGAAAAUCUGGAUGCCAGUGCAUUUCAAGCACCUGAAGAUUUACUAGAUGGUUGUCGGAUAUAUCUUUGCGGUUUUAGUGGCAGAAAGCUAGAUAAACUGAGAAGGCUUAUUAACAGUGGAGGUGGAGUUCGUUUUAAUCAGCUCAAUGAAGAUGUAACUCAUGUUAUUGUGGGAGAUUAUGAUGAUGAAUUGAAGCAGUUUUGGGAUAAAUCGGCUCACAGGCCUCAUGUAGUGGGAGCAAAAUGGUUGCUAGAGUGUUUUAGUAAAGGUUAUAUACUUCCUGAAGAGCCAUAUAUCCAUGCUAACUACCAACCAGUGGAAAUUCCAGUUUCGGAUAAACCUGAAAGUCAAACAGCCCCUUUAAAAAAGAACAACAGCUCUUCCAAGAAGGACUCUACUCCUGAUGGAAAACAUGAGCAAGCUGAUGAAGAUCUCCUCUCUCAGUAUGUAAAUAAUAACACAACAGCGGUUGAAGCUGCCAAGUCUGAAGUUGAGCCCUUUAAUGACUCUACUCAUAUUUCCCUGCAAGAAGAAAACCAGUCUUCUGUCACUCAUUGCCAUCCUGACGCUUCUACAAUUACUGAAGAAGGUUUAUUUAGCCAAAAGAGUUUCCUUGUUGUGGGUUUUAGUAGUGAAAAUGAAUCUAAUAUUGCAAACGUCAUAAGAGAAAAUGCUGGAAAAAUUGUCUCCUUUCAGAGCAGAAUUGUUGCUGAUUAUGCUGUGGUUCCUCUGCUGGGGUGUGAAGUAGAAGCAACUGUAGGAGAAGUCGUUACAAAUACGUGGCUGGUAACUUGCAUAGACUAUCAGACUUUAAUUGAUCCGAAGUCAAAUCCUCUCUUCGUGCCAGUCUCAGUAAUGGCAGGAAUGACUCCUUUAGAGGGUUGUGUUAUUUCAUUCAGCCAGUGUGCAGGAGCAGAAAAAGAUUCGUUGAUAUUCUUAGCAAAACGCCUUGGAGCAAGUGUUCAAGAAUACUUUGUUCGCAAAUCCAAUGCAAAGAAAGGCAUGUUUGCCAGUACACAUCUUGUAUUGAAGGAACCAGGUGGUUCUAAAUACGAAGCUGCCAAGAAGUGGAAUUUACCGGCAGUCAACAUAUCAUGGCUAUUGGAGACUGCUAGAACGGGAAAGAGAGCAAGUGAAAGCCAUUUUCUGAUUGAAAAGUCAACUAAAGAAGAACAAGGUUUGGAAACUGAAAUAACAAACAGGGUGAACGUAAGCCCAGAUACUGCAGAGCAUCCUGUCACACACCUGGACACUCACAGGAAAACAGCCGUUACACCUUUAGAUAUGAACAGCUUUCAGAGUAAAGCUUUCCAUGCCGUGAUCUCCCAACACACCAAACAAGUGUCUGUGUCCCCACCAGUAGGACAGCCGCUUCAGAAGGAGCCCUCCUUGCAUCUGGAUACACCAUCAAAAUUUCUGUCCAAAGACAAACUCUUCAAGCCUUCCUUUGAUGUGAAGGAUGCACUUGCAGCCUUGGAAACUCCAGGAGGUCCCAGCCAACAGAAAAGGAAACUGAGUACACCACUUUCAGAAGUCAUUGUCAGAAACUUGAAACUUGCUUUGGCAAACAGCUCCCGAAAUGCUGUUGCUCUUUCUGCCAGCCCUCAGCUGAAGGAUGCCCAAUCCAAGAAGGAACAGGAAGAAACUCCAAAGCCACUUCACAAGGUAGUGGUAUGUGUUAGUAAGAAACUCAGUAAGAAGCAGAGUGAGCUGAAUGGGAUUGCAGCCUCUCUAGGAGCAGAUUACAGAUGGAGUUUUGAUGAAACAGUGACUCAUUUCAUUUAUCAAGGCCGACCAAAUGACACUAACCGAGAAUAUAAAUCUGUAAAAGAAAAAGGAGUACACAUUGUUUCAGAGCACUGGCUUUUAGAAUGUGCCCAAGAGUAUAAGCAUCUUCCUGAAUCUCUUUAUCCACAUACUUAUAAUCCCAAAAUGAGCUUGGAUAUCAGUACAGUGCAAGAUGGCAGACUCUGUAAUAGUCGACUACUCUCAGCUGAUUCAGCAACAAAGGAUGAUGAGCCAGAUCAUUUGCCUGUAGAAGAAAAUGACAUAGACAAUAUGACCACCAGUAAUAAAGAAUUAGUAACAUCAAAUGGAGAUGGAAGGAAUGACUCUAAAGGAGCUCUGACACAGACAUUGGAGAUGAGAGAGAACUUUCAGAAGCAGCUGCAGGAGAUCAUGUCUGCGACGUCAAUAGUGAAACCCCAAGGGCAGAGGGCUUCCCUUUCAAGAAGUGGUUGUAACAGCACUUCUUCAACCCCUGAUAGCAGUCGCUCUGCCCGCAGUGGGCGAAGUAGAGUCCUGGAGGCACUGAGGCAGUCUCGUCAAACAGUACCUGAUGUCAACACGGAGCCCUCCCAGAAUGAACAGAUCAUUUGGGAUGACCCAACAGCCAGGGAGGAGAGAGCACGGCUUGCCAGCAAUCUGCAGUGGCCUAGUUGUCCCACACAGUAUUCUGAGCUUCAGGUUGACAUUAAAAAAUUGGAGGAUUCUCCUUUCCAGGAGCCUUUACAUGACGCAGAAACUGCUGAACAGGCUGUCUGUGAUUCCGGAAACAUGUGUGUAACUGAAGCCCCAAAACACCCAAUCUCUGAAGAACUGGAAACACCAAUUAAAGACAGCCACCUGAUCCCUACACCUCAAGCCCCCAGUAUUGCCUUCCCCCUGGCCAACCCACCGGUGGCUCCACACCCUAGAGAAAAGACUAUAACAAUAGAGGAAACUCAUGAAGACCUAAAAAAACAGUACAUAUUUCAGUUGUCAUCUCUGAAUCCUCAAGAACGUAUUGAUUAUUGUCAUCUGAUUGAAAAACUAGGUGGACUAGUAAUAGAGAAGCAGUCCUUUGAUCCCAGUUGUACACACAUUGUUGUGGGACAUCCACUUCGAAACGAGAAGUAUUUAGCUUCAUUGGCAGCUGGGAAGUGGGUGCUUCAUCGCUCCUACCUGGAAGCAUCCCGGACUGCUGGGCACUUCGUGCCGGAAGAAGACUACGAAUGGGGAAGUAGUUCCAUACUUGACGUUUUGACUGGAAUCACUGUACAGCAACGAAGACUAGCACUUGCAGCAAUGAGAUGGAGAAAAAAAAUCCAGCAAAGACAAGAAUCGGGCAUUGUUGAGGGGGCAUUUAGUGGGUGGAAGGUCAUCUUACAUCUUGACCAGUCCCGAGAAGCAGGAUUCAAACGCCUUCUUCAGUCAGGAGGAGCGAAGGUGCUACCUGGUCAUUCUGUACCUUUAUUUAAAGAGGCCACACAUCUCUUCUCUGACUUCAGUAAACUGAAACAAGAUGACUCAGGAGUUAACAUAGCAGAGGCUGCUGCCCAGAAUGUGUACUGCCUGAAAACAGAGUACAUUGCUGAUUAUCUGACGCAGGAAUCCCCUCCUCAAGUAGAAAACUACUGUCUAUCAGAAACUAUUUCAUUUCUUCAGAAUAAGGAGCCUGGAUCAUCACAGAAGAGGAAAGCUCCUACAGAGAAUAAGAAACUCAAACGACCUAGAGUAAACUAAUCGUGUUUACUCUUUAGUGACCAAACCUGAUCUUUUUAAAUUACAAAACCUGAAUGCUACGGUCAUGGAUUUGCAUAGUGAUUUAAAGACAAGUGUCUGAAGAAUUCAGGUUCAGCGUAUAAUAAUGACCUUCCUUGAAAUUAGUUUUUAACACCUGAAAUUUUAAUCACUGCAACAUUAACUGUCUUACUUGAAAUAACAACAAAAUACAAAUCCUGCUCUAGCUUGUCAUUAAACCACAUUGAAGUGUGUAAGGGACUUUUUAUUUAUUUUCUUGUAAAUAGCUGAGGCUGUAGUUUAGUGGAAGUUUUAGCAAGGUGAUGGAUUUUACCUUAAAAUGCCUGCAUUAAUUCAUAACAAGGAAGUUAUCAAUUGGGAUUUAUUCACGAUUCCCCUGAUUCUCCUCACUACAUUCCUGCUUUUUAACAGGAGCCUGAGCACAAGGUUUAAUGAGGAACCAAGGCUUUAAACUAAAAUGUGUGAGUGUAUAUAUAUGUACAUGCAUGUUUGUACAAAUCUCCAUGAUAUUUGCCAAGUUUGGGUGCUAAAACUUGGAAAAUAAAGAAUAAAGAAGAAAACCAAAGAAAACCUAUCUGGGCAACUAGUUUGAGAUUAAUCUCUACACCCAACAUGGGACUCAGACUCAUGACCCUAAGAUCACAUCACACGCUCUACCUACCUACUGUGCUGGCCAGGUGCCCCCCAUUCAAUUACGUUUUUAAAUGCAAAGCAUUUCUCUUGUUGAAACAAUAAAUGAUGUGUAAAAUUUAGCUUAA